UUCCCCCAGGCGCCCCCCCCCUCCGUUAAUUCCUAUCCAGGUUUGGAUUUGUACCCAUUUACCAGGCUGGUUUCUGGCGGCCUUCCCGGACUCCCCUGCUGUCUAAGGUCUUUGCUGCCCACUCUGCCUUUGGGCUGCAGCCAAGCCAGGCUAGGUCCCGUACAUUCCCCUCGCCCACCCAGUUGGCCCCUCUGUCAAAAGCAGGGGGCCCCGGGUGGCUCUGGCAUCGCUUUGCCCUCGCUUCCCUCGGCGCCCCCUCCUCACCCACCCGCUGCCCGGCUUGCGGGGUCCCGAGCCAGCGGCGCCCGCUCUCUCAGCUGUGCCAUCUCCACUUGGGAGCCGAAACUCGAGGGCUUCCCCUUGGCAACCGGUGACGAGGGCACACAAAAGAAGCGGAUUGGCCGGCCGGCUCCAGAGGCGGCUCCGGUGGGCGCGGAGCGUCGGGCUUUUCCCCGGGCCCCAGAAGGACGCUGGGCGAGCGGACAGGAAAGAGGAUGGGUCCCGGACUCCGCCGGUGGGCGCUGCCGGCUUUGGCUUUGAUCUGGGCGGCCUUGGCCACCGCUGGAGAACAGCCCGCGCACCUCUCCUCCGAGGUGUUUUUUUGCCAAAAGGAUUCUCCGCUUUACGGCCUGGCUCAGACGCUGGACGAUGACCUGCUCUUCUGGUACGAUUUCCCGGGCUCCAGCUGGCGCUCACGCCUGCCCGACUUCCAGCCAGAGACGCAGCUCUCCGAACCGCAGAUCGAGGCCAGGAAAAAAGUCUGCGACACGGUGCUGCCCUUCCUCACCGAGUUCUCAGACAGGUUCAUUCAUAUCCAGUUCCCCGAGGCCAGAGGAAUCCCCCAAGUGGAAGUCUUCACCCUCCGGCCCCUGGUGCUGGGCCAGCCCAACGUCCUGGUCUGCUCGGCAAGAAACAUCUUUCCUCCUGUGGCCAGAAUCCAGUGGGCCUUCUACGGCCAGCAACUGACCCAGGGCGUCUCCUCCACCCCAGUCUUCCCCGUCCAAGAGCUGGACUUCCAGAUCUUCUCCUACUUGGAAGUGACGCCCCAGGCGGGGGACGUCUACAGCUGCACCGUUAAAGGCCUGGGGGGCAAGUUCGACAGCAUGGCCUACUGGGUCCCCAAAGACCCCAUCGCCUCCAAGCUCCUGGAGAACAUCCUCUGCGGCCUUGCAGUGGCAGUGGGAGGGGGCUUCAUGAUCGUGGGGAUCGUCCUGCUGGCCCUCUCCUUUAGGGGGCGGAGCUCAGACUGAAGACCCUCCUUUCCCACCCCCCAUCCAUGGAUCAGCAUGACAUGGAAGCCACCUCGCUGGGAAGACCCCCUGGAUAUCGGAGUUCCCCCCUCCCCAAACUGAGCAGGGAAAGUCACUUUUGGGGGAGCUGCUUCCUUCUCUGGCCCUCAGUCACAGCCAGCAGCAGAACAAUCUUUCCCUGGCACGGGGGUCCCACCUGGGUCACCCCAAAGGAUGGAGGCAGAUUGCAGAUUAAACCCCAUUUCUGCCACUACAAUGCCCCCCUUCCCUGCCUCGGGGCCUCAUUGCCACCAGGGUGGGAGCUGCCCCCCCAGGACACUGCAAACCAAAAGAGGCGUUUUUGUUCGCUUGUUUUUACCUGCAGCAAAAAAAAAAAAAAAGAACCUGAUCAAAGCUGGAAGACCUGAAAUGAGUCCAGAUGUGCUUGGUCCCAAUUUCCUCCUGCUUCGCUUGGGAGGAAAUCCCAUCGAAGUCAACGUGCCUUGGAAUUGCCCUCCCUGCCUCUGUCCUCCCAGGGCUGCCAUGAAGAAGUGAAACUCGGUGGGGGUUGGGGUGGGGGAAGGGGACAAGAAUGGCCAGAAUAGAAAUUCUUGUGUAAAACAUAAAUCUGCAUAUUAUGCUAACACAGUAGAAGGAGGAAGCUGAGAGAAAAAUUACUAGGCUACAAACAAACAAAGCUUCAUUCAAUUAUUAAAAGUUUUAAAGCGCAUAUAUGACCCGUAUGUGGAUUCAUUUGCUGGGGCUUCUGAGGUGGCCAAAGGAGGAAUCUUCUGCCCCAUUGUGUUUGUGGGAGGGGUGUAAAUGGGGAGACCCCACCCUUGGAUGCUGGGGAGGGAGUGUAGUUAAAACAACAGCUAUUAAAUCUGUUAGUUUGAAGAGAUUCCUACUUGUGGAUUUACAGGCGGCUGUUCAGUAUAAGCUGGGUUGACAAAAUCAGAAAUGGGGAGGUGAUCAGCCGCCUGGGAAAGCAAAAGGAAAUUAUCAAAGCCAUUAAAAAGUGAAAGUUAGAAUAUUUCGGACAUGGGCUGCGACACCCGGAAAAAAUACGGCAUCCGUCACUUAAUCCUCCAGGGAAAGAUUGAAGGCAAACAAGGUCCAGGCAGAAGAAGAACCUCAUGGCUUCAGAAUCUAAAGGACGCGGCAGCAUUUUUUCGUGCGGCUCUUGAUAAAAAUAGGAUCACCAACGAGAGGAAGAAGAAGAAAGAAAGUUUGAAGAGAAGCGGAACAGCACCAUGGAGUCAGGGGUCCUGGGUGCUCCCCAGGGGGGCUUGCAAGCCUCCCUUCCAGAAGGACUGAAUUGCAGGGGAAGGAAGCCCAUCACCCCCUGACACCUCAGUCAAUGAGGGUGGGUUCUACCACGUGGGUGCUGGGGAUGAUGGAACA